AUGAGUAAAAUCUGCUGUGUUGUUAACUGUAGUAAUACUUAUAAAAACACUACAAAUGUUAAGUUUUAUAAUUUUCCAAACAAGCCUUACCAAAGUGAAUUAAAGAAGCAAUGGAUUUAUGCAGUUAAACGUUUAGACAAUAAUGGUCAAUUGUGGUAUCCUAAGCCUCAUUCUGUUAUCUGCAGUGAACAUUUUGUUGGUAAUAAACGCUCAAAUGACUCCAAUAGCCCUUCAUACAUACCAUCAUUGUUUCCUGAAGUGUACAAAAAGAAACAAGUUAAUAUUAAACAGCUGAGUGAUAGGUAUAUACGAACAUCAAACCGUCAAGACAAAAAGUUAAAAAUGAUGAUAAAUGAUGACAAGUCUUCAGAAGUAGAAAUCAUAGAACCACUUCAGUGUGAAAGCUUGAACUGUGUCUCUAAUGUGGGAAUUCAAGUUAUGUUUGAUUUUAACAAUACAAAUCCCUUUAAAUUUGAAUGCGAAUUUAAUAAAUUGAAUAAUGAUGUUGGAACUCAAGCAAAUAUCCCAUUAUUAAAUAAUAUUUCUAAAAUUUCUAAUACUAAAGACAUUGCUUGUGGUCCAAAUGUAUCUUGUUUAAACAUGAAUUCUUUUUUAGGAUAUCAUUCUAUAACUAACGAGUCACAAUUAAAAGACUUAACCAGUACUACAUUUAAAGUUUUUAACUUGCUACUUUCAUUUAUCUCUGAUUCUUGUUAUAGUACUGUGAGUAAAGAAAAUAGAUUAAUGAUUUUUCUUAUCAAAAUUAUAUUGGGUAUAUCAUAUUCAGCUAUUGGAGUAUUAUUUAAUAUUAAUCGUACGACUGUGUCAAGAAUAUUUUAUUCUGUUCUAAAUUCUUUAGUUAGCAAAACAAAACAUUUUAUCUUUUGGCCCAACAAAAAAUCAAUUUUAGAUACUUUACCAAGAGCUUUUAAGCAAAAUUAUCCUAACUGCCGCUGUAUUAUUGAUUGUACAGAAAACAUAAAAACUGAGCAACCAAGUACAGUUGAGCAAAGAGUUAACAUGUAUUCAAGGUAUAAAAAUGCUUACACAGUAAAAACUCUAGUAGCAAUUACUCCUAGUGGUUUAAUUUCAUUUUUAUCAAAAUGUUAUGGGGGUAGAGCAAGCGACACAUUUAUCACCAAUGACUGUGGUUUUUUAUCAAAACUUGAAAAAGGAGAUGAAGUUUUGGCAGAUAAAGGUUUUCCAGGUAUUAAGGUCUCUUGUGAAAAUAAAAACAGUAUUUUAAUAAUGCCUCCUUUUCUUCAUAAUGGGAGAUUUAGUGAAAAUGAAGUAGUUGAAACAUACAAUAUUGCUAGUGUGAGAAUCCACAUUGAAAGGGUUUUUGCCAAAUUAAAAACUUUGGGAAUUUUAAAUAAAAUAACUAUAGAUUUGUUACCCCAAGUUGAUGAUAUUAUGCAUAUAUGUUGUGUGUUAAUUAAUUUACAAAACCCUAUAAUUAAAGAUUAA